AUGAGCUCAGAUCUGAUUAUUUUUGAUGGCCUAAUUGAAAUCGAAUCAUCUGCUUUACGUUUACAAUUUUCUCGUAAAAUUUGGUGUUCAAUUUUCUUCUUUUUUGUUCCAAGGAAACAAAAACAAUUAGAAACACUUGUCAACAUUCAGGAACUGUUUGUUGCUCUAGUGUGGACCCGGACUAACAUUUAUUCGUUAGGUUUCAUAUUAAACGAGUACCGUUUAGAGGAAUUCUGUGCCUUGCGUAAAUACUGUGAAAUAUUUGCCAAUAACACUGUUGGUAAAAGGACCCAUCAAAAAUUAGGUGCUUUGAUUAUAAAACCUUUUACAAAAUGGAAGGAUGCCAUUGAACGUUUUAAUCACCAUUCAACAUCUGAAUAUCAUAAGCUUUCAAUCAUUCGCUCUGAAGAAUUUAUUAAAGUAAUGGAAAACAAAAAGAGUAAUAUUGCAAAUGAGAUAGAUACUUCACAAAAAAAACAGGUCAUUGAAAAUCGAGCUAUUCUUCAUCCAAUAAUUCAAACAAUAAUUUUAUGUGGAAAACAAAAUAUUGCUUUAAGAGGUAAUAAUGACAGUGGAAAAAUAUAUAAUGAAAGUAUAGAAACAAAUGACGGGAAUUUUAGAUCUUUAUUAAGAUUUAAAUCAUUGGCCGAUUCUGUUUUAGACAAACAUUUAAAAAACGCUACUUCUUUUGCAUCUUAUACGAGUCCUAAUGUUCAAAAUGAAAUCAUUACUAUUUGUGUAGACGAAAAACAAGACAUAUCUCGAUUAGAACAAAUGUCUUUUUGUGUCCGAUACGUUGACGGUGUGUCAAACUGUAUUAUGGAAGAUUUUCUUGAAUUUUCAAUUGUUCACGAUAUGACUGGUAAAGGAUUAUCUACUUCUAUACUUCAGUUGCUAGAGAAAUUCGGACUUGAAAUAAAUUUCUUGUAG